CAGGUAUCGCUUCACACGUUUUUGAAAAUGCCCGCUGCUCCAACACCACCUAGUAUCGCUUUUCUAAUCUCACGAGGAUGACAUGUCAACAUACAAUGUGUUCUUCAGGCAGUUUAAAAAUCAUCAACUAUGAAAGUUACCGGGUUUUACAAGAAGUUAUAGCCGAUAUUGAAAAUGUCUCUUUCGCUACUUCUUCAUGCGAUUCUGAUUUAUGGUUUGUAGGGUAUAGUGGUUCCAAGCUACAUAUUCUGCCAGCACUUGAUCCACAAAAAGCACAGAUUAUUUCUUUUGAAGAUAAUACUAUUUCUUCAACAUACUUUUCAUCUGAAGGAAUAUUUGUCACAUUGGGAAAUGAUAGGAUUGCCAUUAUCAGCCAAAUGGAACAUCACUGGAAAAAAAAAGCACAACAUGAUUUUGACUUGAGGGAAAGAAAAAUAAUAGCUUGUUUCACAGUUGAAACUGGUCUAAUUAUUUUCAUUCAGCAUUCCAAUCUUCUCAUUAUUGGAUUUUCUGAAAAUCCACCAGAAUGGCAGCAAGUUGCUAGUAUUGAUUGCUUUGACACUCCAAACACAGUGUACAUUUGUCAGUCAUCCAAGGCAGCACCUGACUGCUACUUAAUUGGAACCCAAGAUGGCCAUGUCUACCAACUGCAACUGAAACAAAGAAAUUUGACUUUUUUAUGUGAUAUUCAGCAACCCAUAAUAUCUAUUCAGAAUGUGGAUGAUAAAACAGCACUAGUUGUAGGAAAGUAUGGGAAAAUUGCAAGGCUAACCGGCCCCACGAAAGAGGCUUUAAUUUCUUUUUCACCUACGGCUGUUGAAAGCUGUUUCUAUUCUGGACACCAGCUUUAUUUAGUGGGAUCUAAUCAGCUGUAUUCAAUGGAAAUCAAGCUUGCAAGUGAUGGUCGGUUUUUGGAGGAAGCCAUUUAUUGCAAGGUCAAAUUUGUCCGAGCCGUGCAUUUACGAGGAGAAACAAUAUUCAUCUUAACAGAAAAUGGAACAAUCUAUCAAUGCGGUCUCUUGUUUGGUUCCAACGAAGAAAAACCAAGCCGCCAACGUAAUGGCGCGGAGUUAAAAGAAAUUUUGCAAGAGAUUCACAGCUGUGCCGAUCGUGCUAAAACUUUGGGCACUAUUAGGGAUAGCGUACUUCUAGACGUUGCCCAGCUUUCCAUAGCUUUGAACAUGGUUAAUCAAGACAUCAGCGACCGUUUUCCAGUCAUCGUUCAUAGUUUCUCUGAACCCAAGUGCCCCCGAAACCAGCGUCUAAUCUUUUCUGUUACCAACAAAUCCGCAUGGAAUUUAUCGUCUCGUUACUGGAUUUUUCAGAUCAGCGUCCAUCGAGUCAAUGAAAGUUCGCUUUUUUUCAGAGACGAGUGGAAAACGGGAGACACUCUAGAACUGGAUCACCAGUUGGUUCUGCUGGAAGACAUGUUGGAGGUUGCAGUAAAAAUAUCUCUGAUAUUCCGCCUUGUCGACCCCAACAAGAUGAAUGAGCCACCAUCGAUCGCUGUUUUCCCUUUAUCAACCAUUAAACUUUGCGCCCUGGAUUUUUUAGAGCCAGCACUAUCGGAUGUGUUCGACGUGAAGAAUAGCCAUUCGGAUGUGAUUGGGUUCAGCCGUACUCAAAUAAAAGGCUGCCCGUGGCCGAUUUUAUUGCAGCGGAGUUGGCAUCGUGGCUUCGCCCAGCGAAUCGGAGAUCCUACCCCCGUGCAGAUGGUUUUACGUUGUGGAACACAUUUAUUGCGCAUGAACCUGAAGGAAGAUGAAAAUCACACAGACAAGAUAUGGAUCCUCAGAAUAGAAACUUCUAAUUUCAAGCUUUUGCGCUUCUUGCGUAACCAAAUUUUUCAGUUAAUCGAAGGCCGUUAUCCGCUGGUCAAGCCCGACUUUGUGAAAAUUCCAAGCCAUGUCCUCGCUAACCUCCAGAAUCUCAGAGGGAGAGUGAAUUAUCUUCAAAACCUUGGUAAUUGGGAUGAGUCGGAUACUGAGCCUCUAAUGGAAGAAUUUCGUCUUCUUAUGGCAAAACAACUUUCUCUCAGAUGAACCAGACAGAGAUGUUGUAAUAAAAAAAUUACAGUAACCACAAGGCGACUCAG